AAAUGUGCAAUGCUAGAAGCACAGCUCACGUAAAGUGAAGUUACCUGUUACAAGCAAUUGGCACGAAUGCAUCAUGACGUUAACCCACUGUCACUUAAUUAGCUCUCUACCUAGCUAAGAUUAGUUUGGUUAAUACAAUGCCACGCUAUUUUCGCAUACUUUUGUUUUGCACAGUUUUGGCGUUUUUCUCUGUCUUGUACGUAUUUAGCCAGCUUGCCUCUUCCCUUGAGACAGAAGGUGGACUCUCCGAGAGGCGCGCUCAGCGAUCCAACUCUCGAAGUGACAUUAGCGGCCAGGAAGUCAAGAAAGUGCCUGGGAAUGAAGGCCCGUAUGAAAAGGACUGGAAUGGAAGGUGUAAGAGUUCAGUGUCUGUGUCAUACUGGAAUCCCUAUUGGCGAGACUCCCCUGGGGUUUGUGGAAUGAGCUGCUUAAUGGAAUCAGCCUUUAGUAGCAGAUACACAGUGGACAAACCAGGUUCUGUGGUCCAAGAGGUCACUCGCGUGGAGCCCAUGCAUCUUGCUGUGGUGGCCUGCGGCUUUCGACUGGAGGAGACUCUGACCAUGCUGAAGUCCGCCGUGCUCUUCAGCAGCAAGCCUCUGCAGUUCCACAUCUUUGCAGAGGACGAGCUGCACAGUGGCUUCAAAGAGGCACUUGACUCCUGGCCAGCGGCCUUCCAGGCCAAGUUCAACCACUCAAUGUAUCCCAUCACCUUUCCAAGUGAGAAUGCAAAGGAGUGGAAGAAGCUGUUCAAGCCUUGCGCAUCUCAGCGGCUCUUCUUGCCUCUCCUGCUGAAGGACGUGGACUCGCUGCUAUAUGUGGACACCGACAUCCUGUUCCUGCAGCCAGUGGACGAGAUCUGGAACUUCCUCUCGGAGUUUAACUCCAGCCAGCUGGCAGGCAUGGCACCUGAGCACGAGGAGCCUCGCAUUGGCUGGUACAACCGCUUUGCCCGCCAUCCGUACUAUGGCAAAACGGGCAUCAACUCCGGUGUUAUGCUCAUGAACAUGACCCGCAUCAGGGCCAAACACUUCAAGAAUGAUAUGACCCCAGUUCCACUUCUGUGGGGGGAAAUUCUGAUGCCUCUCCUGCAGAAGUAUAAGCUGAACAUCACCUGGGGUGACCAGGACCUCCUAAACAUAAUAUUCCACCACAAUCCAGAGGGUCUGUUUGUGUUCCCGUGCCAGUGGAAUUACCGUCCCGACCACUGCAUCUACGGCAGCAAUUGUGCCGCCGCCGAGCAGCACGGAGUCUUCGUCCUCCAUGGCAAUCGGGGCGUCUACCACAACGACAAGCAGCCUGCUUUCCGAGCCAUCUACGAAGCCAUCCAGCAGUACCCGUUCGGAGGCGAUCUGGACGGUACGCUGCUGCAGCCCCUGGAGGAGAUGCUCCAGGACGCGUCGCACACCUACUGCGGACGAGUCAGCCACCUGUUCACCAAGCGACUGCGGCAAAGCAUCAGCCACCUCCAGGCAGGCCCUAGGAGGAGAGCGUGACCUCCGUUCAGUCCAAGUGCCCCCCCCCCCCCCCCCCCCACCCACCCCAACUCCCCCCAUGUAGCACUGCACUUGUGAGGCUUGUCUCUGUUGGACAGGGAGCGUGGUGGAGCCAGUUCUAGAUAGUGGAAGUGGGGUGGCGGGAACACUCCUUUGCACUGAGUUCACUUUGCUGUUUUGUCAUCCUUAGUAGUAGAGGCCAAACAUAUCAGAAUGAGACAAUCACUUUCCAUCCUCUCUAGGUAAAGUUGCAGUCACCCAUUCAAGUUUAUUGAUGAUGGGGAAGGUCACUUAAUGUUCUUAUUUCCUUAUAACUUGCAAGGGCUUUUUAUUAUUAUUUAACAUUAACUGGUGGAAUGGCAACACCUAACAAGUCAUUGUUAUGUCUUUUCCCUUAACGCCUAUAAUCAGUCUGUGAACAUUAACAGUGUUAUGGCUGUAUGUUCUUUUUGUUUUGUUCUCUACUUUGCCGAAGAGUCAUUAUAUAUAUGUGACAUAAGUGAUGAAGGGGUGAUAGUCUAGAAGUGCUAGACUAUUCUAUUCCAUGAAUUUGUUGCAAAAUCUCAGUUGCAGCAAAAACUUGAGCAUCAUCUGUCAGGCUACAUACAUUUUGCAAGUAGCCUUAUGGACUGUAUUGUAUUUGUUAUUAAUUGGUAUUGGUAUUAAGUUGUACCAGUUAUUAACUGGUAUGAAUUGUUCACAUUUGUGUAACAUAGUCUGUAGAAUCUGAACCGGAACAGAUACUUUGUAUGAGAGUGUCAGUGUAAGUGUACAAUAUUCAAUGCAGUAAUCGGAGCAGAAAUGUCUUAAAUAGCCUGUGGGCAUUUUUAGUAAUCAUUUAAUUACUUAUGCAGUCAUGUCAGUGUGUCCAGUAAAGACAGUGUGGCCAUGUCCUUGCAGUGAGCAGAUCAAGGAAGUCCAUGUAAAGGUACUAUUUUAUUUAAGCACUUUCACAAAAUGAUUUAUUUGCUGAGUUUUAUGCUUUGCGUUGUACUGAGGAAUGCUUUCUUCAUGCUGUGAAUUCCAUGUGAUCAAAGGAAUCUGUCUGUCUAUGUUGUCCUCUGGUAGCCAAAAUAGAAACGUUUACAUGAUGAAGAAUCAGUCCAUCCUAUCAUCCAUUCUCAUGGUUCUUGUGUGGUAUUUAGCUAAUACCAAAACAGGGGUUUUGUUGCACUAUUAAGUGAAUAUCAGGGUUGACAUUUUCCUGUCCAGUUUUUUUAAAAAAGCCAGUAGCAGAAAAUGUCAAGUUAGAAACUUCUGUCUUACUUAUCUAAGUACCUCACAACAUGUCUCUUGUAUUUUUGCCUUGAAUGGCUGUACAAGAAAUGCAGUAUAUAUUUUUAUAAUAAAUGUUUUGAUUCAGUCUUA